UGGAAAUGCACUUUGUGCAGACUGAAGAUGAACUUGAUGGACGAGAAGAAAAGAUUAAAAAUACCAAAGUUUGGAAUCAAAAUGCCAAAAGUAAAAGGGACAGAAUUUGACUGGAGUUCAUCAAAGAAAGACAUUAAUGUCCCUCAACAACAGAUAACAGUUGAAGACAAACAUUCAGAAGCCCCUAAAAUUCAUGCGAGUCUUGGAAAAGCAGAAGUCUUGAUACCAGGGGCUAAGAUGGAGGUUAAAUAUCCCGAAAUGGAAAUCAGUCCUUUGCAGACCGGCAGUGAACUUAAAGGACACAGAGGCAAGUUCCAAAUGCCAAAGUUUGGAAUCACAACACCAAAAGUAAAAGGACCUGAAAUUGAUUUAAGCUUCUCAAAGAAGGACGUAGAUGUGACACUACCACGGGCUGAAGCUGAGGUUAAACUCCCGGAAGCUCCUAAAAUUGCUGUGGAUAUGAAACCAGCAGAGUGUGAAGCAGAAAUAGACGGACAAGGAGGCAAGUUUAAAAUGCCAAAGUUUGGAAUCUCAAUGCCAAAAAUAAAAGGACCUGAAAUUGAUUUAAGCUCAUCAAAAAAAGAUGUAGACAUCUCAUUACCAGAAGCCAAGGGUGAAGUCAAUCGCCCUCACGUGGAACUCCAAGAAACGCCUACUGAAGUGGAAAUCAAAGCUCCUGAGACUGAAGCUCAAACAAAGAGUGUGAAGGAAUCAACAUCAAAAUUUAAAUUGCCAACAUUCAAAUUUCCCAAAUUUGGAGCCGCCACUCAAAAUAUAAGCACUGAAGUACCUGAUAUAGACAAAGAAAUCACAAUUGAUGGAGCUCACCUGGACUUAUCCGCGCCACGCAGAGAUGUUGAUGAACCAGGAGUUAAGGCAGAGGUCCAUCUGCCAGAGGUUCACGUCGAAAUUCCCUCAGCUGGCGUUGUGAUACAACAACAGCCAGGUGUUGAGGUAGAUGCAAAACUGAAGAAACCAAGGUUUUCACUAGGCAGAUUUUCUUUUUCAAAAACAAGUGGUAAAGCCCCAGAAGUUGACGCCAAUCUUCAGGAUUUCAAUGCUCCGAUCCCAGAGGCAAAGGUGGAAGUGAACAGAGAGGAAUUGGAACUACCAGAGUGUGAAGCGGAAGUUAAACAAAGUGAGUUUAGCAUCUCAAUGCCCCCAGUCACAGGACCUGAAAUUGACUUAAGUUCAUUAAAAAAAGAUAUAGAUUUCGCAUUAACAGAAGCCAAAACUAAAAUUAAACUCCCAAAUGUUGAAGUCAAAGACCCUCAAGUGGAAGUUAAAGCUCCCGAGAUCAAGAUGGAAACAAAGGCUACAGAAGGUUCACCGUCGAAAUAUAAGAUGCCGACAUUCAAAUUACCAAAAUUUGGAUUUGGUUCCUCAAUUGCCACCGUUGAUGUGACCAACAAAGAGGUCAAUAUUGAUGGAGCCGAAAUUGGCAUUCCUGAAGAGGUUCUUGCAGUUGAUAUUGCAGCACCCAGUAUUGACGGUAAAGACCCUUCAAUAUAUUUUAAAACUACCGGAACUGAACUUGACGGAAAAGAAAGCAAGUUUAAACUUCCAAGUCUCGGUUUUUCUGGGCCUCAAAUAAAACAGCCUGACAUUGAUUUAAGCUUAUCAAAGAAUGAUGCAGAUGUCAAACUCCCUCAUUUUGAGCUAAAAGAAACUUCUGCUAGAGGCGAAAUUGAACCUCCUGAGAUCAAGGUUGGGACAGAUGGAUCACCAUCAAAAUUUAAGAUGCCGACAUUCAAAUUACCAAAAUUUGGAGUUGGAAUUCCGAGUGCCACCAUAGAAGUGCCUGACAAAGAAGCCAUAAUUGAUGGAGCUGUCAUUAAAAUUCCUGAAAAGGCUCCAUCAGUUGACCUUACAGCACGCAGCAUUGAGAUUGAAGACCCAUCAAUUGAACUUGAACGAAAAGGCACCAAGUUUAAACUUCCAGGUUUGGGUUUUUCUGGGCCUCAAAUCAAACAGUUGACAUUGAUUUAAGUUUAUCAAUGAAAGAUGCAGAUGUGACUCUACCAGAAGCCAAAGCUGAUGUCAAACUUCCCGAUGUUGAACUAAAAGAAACGUCUGCUGAAGUGGAAAUUAAAGCUCCACAGAUCAAGAUUAGGACAAAAGCAGAUGGAUCACCAUCAAAAUUUAAGAUGCCGACAGUCAAAUUACCAAAAUUUGGAGUUGAAACUCCAAGGGCCACCAUAGAAGCUCUUGAUCUGGAUGGAGACAUCAAUAUUGAUGGAGCUGACAUAAAAAG